AAAUAUUUGGGCAUCUCUCUGUUAGAGCUUUUCUCGUGGAGUUUCAAUGUCCAUUCCGCUGCUUAAACGAUCCCUUUGGCUGAUUCCAAACUCCACCUUUAACCUCCCAUUUUCCCCUUCCUUCUUCUCAUCCUCACCGGCCGCCGUACCCUCGCCGUCGACGAAGCCUUCAAUCUCGACCGUUGUUUCAGUUCUUACUCACCACCGCUCCAAGUCUCGCUGGCGAUUCCUCAACUCCCUCUGUCCUGACGGCUUCGAUCCCGGUGAGUUUUCCGAUAUCGUUCUACAGAUCAAGAAUAAUUCUCAUCUCGUCCUCUGCUUCUUCCUCUGGACUCGGAGUAAGUCACUCUGCAAUCACGAUCUUGUUUCGUACUCAACCGUCAUCCAUAUCCUUGCUCGCGGCCGACUUAGAACUCAUGCCAAGGAUGUUAUUCAGACCGCCAUUAGGGCUACGGCGCUUGAAGAUGGCGAUGAUUGUUCCAAUUGUGAGCGGUUUUCGUCUUCGAGGCCUUUGAAGCUGUUUGAAACCCUCGUUAAGACGUAUAAACAGUGUGGCUCUGCUCCUUUUGUGUUUGAUUUGUUGAUUAAAGCUCUUUUGGAUUCUAAAAAGCUCGAUCCAGCCAUUCAAAUUGUUAGAAUGUUACGGUCUCGUGGGAUUAGCCCACAAAUUGGUACGUUGAAUUCGUUGAUUCUGUGGAUGUCGAAAUGCGAAGGGGCUAAUGCAGGUUAUGCACUUUUUAGAGAAGUUUUUGGUUUGAAUUGUGAAAUUGAGGAACAGAAUGUCAAAGUAAAGGCUCGGGUUAGUCCUAAUGUGCAUACUUUUAAUACAUUAAUGGUGUGUUUCUAUCAAGAUGGGUUGGUGGGGCGGGUGAAGGAGAUAUGGGAUCAAUUAGCUGAUUCAACUUCAAUUCCAAACAGCUACAGUUAUAGUAUUUUGAUGGCAGUGUUAUGCGAAGAGAAAAGGAUGGGUGAAGCAGAGGAGUUGUGGGAAGAAAUGAAAAUGAAAAAGUUGGAGAUUGAUGCUGUAGCUUACAAUACUAUAAUUGGUGGAUUUUGUAAAGCAGGAAAUGUUCGUAGGGCUGAAGAGUUCUUUAGGGAAAUGGAGCUCUGUGGAACGGAGAGUACUUUCUCCACCUUUGAGCAUCUAAUCAAUGGCUAUUGUGAGACUGGAGAUGUUGAUUCUGCAUUACUUGUGUAUAAGGAUAUGCGCAGGAAAUCAUUUAGUCUCAACCCUUUGAUGCUGGAAGCAAUUACAAGAGGGUUGUGUGCGGAGACGAGGCUUUUAGAAGCUUUAGACGUUUUCGGUUUCGCCAUAGAACACACUAACUUUUGCCCAACAAUGGAGACUUAUGAACUUCUGAUAAAUGGUUUGUGUCAGGAAGGGAAACUUGAAGCUGCAUUUAAGCUUCAAGCGCAGAUGGUAGGGAAAGGUUUUAAGCCAAAUUCAAAGAUUUACCAAUCUUUUAUUGAUGCCUAUUCAAAAGAAGGAAAUGAAGAAAUGGUCAAGAAGUUGGGAGAGGAAAUACUUGAAAUCCAGCUGAGUUGAGACUGCAACCACAUGAUCAGAACGAAGUUUCUAUGAACUCUAGAGGUUAGUUGAACUUAUUUCUGAUCAAUUCUUGAAAAUGCAUUUCGUAUAUUAUUUCGAUCAUGUUUUCUGAAUUAUGAGCUUAGGUUAGUUUAGAAAUUUGUUUAUGUUCUUGGAAUCAGUUCAAGGUAAUCCACAUUUUGUGGUGGUUUCAUGAGAUUUUUUUCAUAAAUCUAAAGCUUUAUGGCACUCAAAAUCAUUGUUAGUAUGUAUUUGAUUAAUAAAGACCCCCAUAAGGUGGGGGAAGGAGUAUGCAGACUC